GAGAGAAGCAUAAUCCACAAACAUGUGGCUUAUGUGGCACCAUAGCUCGCGACGUGCCUUAUCUACUUGCUGUUGUGGUCGUUACAGCUUUGGUCAGUUCCAUGAUAUCAGAUGGAAACCACACGCCAACAGUCUCACAAGUACACCCAUUUUCCUCUAUGAUGGCUUCCUCAAGUCUCUCCCCUUCAUCUCCUUCGCAGCUAUGCUUCAGCAAGAGUGUCAUGUUCUGCCCAUCACAAGCUUUUCUUUUGAAACCAACAAGGACCGAGAUGGUUAAAAAGGACAAGGGUAUGAGACUCACUUGCCAGGCCACUAGCAUCCCCGCUGAUAGAGUGCCAGACAUGGGCAAGAGGGAGCUCAUGAAUCUGCUUCUAUUGGGGGCUGUUUCACUCCCCACAGGUUUCAUGUUGGUUCCUUAUGCAGCCUUUUUUGUCCCACCUGGGGGCGGAGGUGCUGGUAGUGGUACCAUUGCCAAGGAUGCAAUUGGAAAUGAUGUCAUUGCUGCUGAAUGGCUUAAGACUCAUGGCCCUGGGGACCGAACCCUGACUCAAGGAUUGAAGGGAGACCCCACCUACCUAGUGGUGGAGAAAGACAGAACUCUUGCAACAUACGGUAUAAAUGCUGUCUGCACUCACCUUGGAUGCGUUGUUCCAUGGAAUCAAGCUGAGAACAAGUUCAUAUGCCCCUGCCAUGGAUCUCAGUACAACGAACAAGGAAGAGUUGUGAGAGGACCUGCCCCCCUGUCCUUGGCAUUGGCUCAUGCUGAUGUUGAUGACGGGAAGGUAGUCUUUGUUCCCUGGGUCGAAACAGAUUUCAGAACCGGUGAUGCUCCAUGGUGGGCUUAAACAUCUUCACAAUUCAUCAAUGGUUUGGAUAUUUAAAAUUUAUUUAUGUUUUGCAACGUUGCUAAACAUCCUAUACCAUAGAGUUCCUUUGAAUAAUGCAGUUUGUAAGAUACAAGAACCUAACUCGUUUGAAAAUUAGAUACGGCGUGGCACAAAAUAUUCUUGUGAUAUUCAAAAUUUUCUUUUAUAUCUAUUCAUGAAGCUGUGGUUACUAUGUAGACACUCCAUUUGAU